AUGGGGGAUCUGGAAAAGCCUGUCCGGCCAAACCGAUGGGCAGAUCCGCAAGUCAAUGCCCUCGUGGCGCCAGUCACCGCCAUAUAUGCGAAUAUGGCGAAUCUGACUGCUCGAGUCACGACCCUCGAUACCAACGGGACUGCCGGAUUCACUGCGAUGGAGACUAGACUGACUGCCUUGUCGAAGUCAGCAAUAGUCACGCAGUGA